CGCACUCAAUCAGCAAAUCUGUUUUGUUUAUUUAUUCUAUUUGUGGUCAAAACACGGUGGACCGGACGGCCACUUCCUCCUCAUCUCUUCUCCAAACUUCAAACCGAAACAUCAUAUAAAGAAGGAGAAGAAGAAGGAGACACAGACCCCAAAAGAAACGAGAAGAAAAGAAAAGAAAAGAAAAAAGGAAGAAGAAGACCCAACGUAGAAUACCCAUCAAGCUCCUUUUGAUCCAAUCGAAUUUUGCCUCAUCUGUGCUUCUCCAGAAAGCACUACCAAGUGCUAUUAGAACCCAGAAGCACUUUUCAAGAGUGUUUUAGCCCUCCCAUAAGCAUUUCCAAUCAGUAGUCUGAGCAAGGCCAGUACAUAUUAUACCAUGGUUCUUGACAGCAUUUUGUCUUCUCCUGUUCGGAAGUCAGCAUCAUUCAGAAAGCAAUUCUCACAAAAUGAGUUGGGUAGCUGGUCGACUCUAUUUCAGCGGCACCGCUUCCUCUUAACGGCCCUAGCACUCCUGACUUUCCUCUGCACUGUUUAUCUUUACUUUGCUGUCACUUUAGGAGCCAGUCCAACAUGUUCUGGGUUGAGUGGAACUCAAAAAGCAUUGUGUCGUUUGGAGCAUGCAAAGACUUCAGUGGCCCAUGGAAAAUUGAAAAUUCUUUAGCAUGUGGAUGAUGAUGAUUUUCCAAAGUUUCUUUUUUCUUGGGUUCCUUUGAUUAGAGUGGAUUGCCAAUUUAAAUCAAACUACUAAAUUGUAGUGGGUUUUAUAUUUGUUCGUGAACUGAUUGAUUGGGUCAUAUAUACAUAAUAUUUGUAGUAUGGAAACACAGGAUUUACCAUAAUGAUUAUUUUUAUUCAAAGAAACUAAA